ACAGGUACGGUGGUCAGCAGGGCUCAUAAUUAAAUUGUUUUGCUUCUCACCCGUGUCGAAAAUGUCAGCGACGCGAUAUCGUCGUUUUCUUAAAUUAUGUGAAGAAUGGCCAAGAGAUGAGAGCAAAAAGGCACGGGAUCUGGGAACGUUUUUAAGACAGAGAGUAGCGGCGACUUUUCGAGAGGGGGAGAAUACGCAGAUUUCCGACCCAGAAAAAUGUGACCAAAUGUAUGAAAGUUUGGCACGGAUAAACGGCAAUGUGUACAGACAAAGAUUCCCACGAGUAAGAGACACAAGUUUUACAGGUGUAACAGUGGAAGAAUGUAGAGUUCUUCUUUCUGGAAGCAUGCAACAGAUGGAUGAAGAAAAAAAGGGUUUGUGGAAGACAUUAAUGCAGAGAUUUUCAUCUAAACCACCAGAAGACAUCCAAGAAAAAAAACAAGAAAAAUAAAUUGUUCAGUUAUAAUUACUAUAUGGAAAUAAAUCUGCUAUAUGGAAUCUGA